AUGGUUCCUCCGCUAAUUGCGCUUGAGGAGCACUUCCUCUCAUCCGCAGUGCUAGAUGCGUUCGAUGAACAGUAUCAGGAGCAAUUCAGAGCAAUCCCGGCCGUGAAAAGCAUGCUUGAGGACAUUGGAGACUUACGUCUAAGCGAGAUGGACAAGGGCAAAGUUGCGAUGCAAGUGGUUUCCCACGCGUGUGCUCCAGGAGGGCCCAGUCCGAAGCAGUGUCGAGAGGGCAACGACCAGAUGGCGGCCUCGAUAUCCAAAAACAGAGAACGAUUCGCUGGCUUCGCAGCACUGCCAGUAGCGGACCCCAAUGCAUCAGCAAAGGAACUCGAAAGAGCAGUUAAGGAGCUUGGGUUUGUCGGCGCUUUAAUCGAUAACCAUGUCGACGGGCAGUAUUACGACGGCAGUGAAUAUGAUUGCAUGUGGCAAAAGGCAGAGGAGCUCGACGUUCCAAUCUACCUUCAUCCGACAUGGCCCGCGGAGGAUAUGACUUCGCAGUACACCGGAAAUUUCACGCCAGGUGCUGGUCGUAGUCUAGGCGCAUCUGGAUGGGGAUGGCAUGCUGAUACUGGCUUGCAUAUCCUUCGCCUAUAUGCCUCUGGCUGUUUUGACAAAUUCCCUCGGCUCAAGAUCAUCAUUGGUCACUUUGGAGAGAUGCUUCCAUUUAUGCUCGAGCGCGUCUCGAAUCUCAGCGUUCGUUGGGGGGAGCAGCAUCGCAAGUUAAAGCAGGUUUGGGAUGAGAAUAUCUGGAUUACGACCUCUGGUGUGUGGUCAUUGGAUCCUUUGAGAUGCAUCCUGGGCAAUACGAAAAUUGAACACAUCCUCUACAGUGUCGAUUAUCCUUUCCAACAGAAUGAAAAUGGACUGAAAUGGAUUGAAGAACUCGAGCAAAGCGGUCUCGUGACGCAGGAAGAACUAGAGAUGAUUGCUUAUAAGAACUCAGAGAAGUUGUUACGGAUCAAAGCUCCUCGUUGA